AUGGCUGCAUACUCGAGCACGAAAGUCAUUCUCGUCAUUGGUGGCACCGGGGCGCAGGGGCUCGCCAUCGUCGACAAGUUGCUCGCGCCCGCUGAAGAUGGAUCUCCAUCGCCGUACUGCGUACGGGUACUUACCCGCGACCCACAAAGCAAGCGAGCCCAGGAGCUCGCCUCAAAGGGAGUCGAGCUCUUCAAAGGAGCCUUCGACGAUUUCGAUUCUGUCGCUGAGGCUCUGAAGGGGUGCUACGGUGCCUUCGUCAACACGGACGGAUUCACCGUCGGGCAGGCGAAGGAAGUCUGGUGCGGCAUUCAUAUAUACGAACUGGCGCGAUACGCGAAGAUCAAACACUACGUCUGGAGCAACUUAGACUAUUUCUCGAGGAUCACGAACUUCGAUCCGAAGUAUAGGUGUGAGCACUCCGAUGGGAAGGGGAUCGUUGGCGACUUCAUGCAGGCCCAGCCGUCUGUCGUGAGCGACACAGACAUGUCCUGGACGCUCAUCACGUCCGGGCCGUACAUGGAGAUGCUGCAGCACGCGAUGUUCGGCCCAGUCAAGCAGCGCGAGGACGGGACCGUCGUAUUCGUCACGCCCAUCGGAAAGGGGCACGUCAACAUGAUCGCCCUGGACGACUUCGGCUUCUUCGCCCGGUACACGUUCGACCACCGCGAGGCGACGUCCGGGCACGACCUGCAGAUCUCCAGCGACAAGGUCGACUGGGAGUACCUCCGCACGACGUUCGAGAAGGUGACGGGCAAGCGCGCGGAGGUGCUAUACCAGUCCUACGACGACUGGGUGAGGAUCCUCGACGGCGUCGACGUCCCGCUCGCGAACGAGCGCGGGCGGACGAGGGACGGGUCGAUCACGUGGAAGGAGAACUUCCGUGCGUGGUGGGCGAACUGGCGGGACGUCACUAUCAGCAGGGACUACGAGUUGCUGCGGAAGGUCAAUCCGAAGGGACACACCCUUGAGAGUUGGAUGCGGAAAGAGGGGUAUGGGAAGGAUCUGUGGGCGAAGGUAUCUUUCCUGAAGAACGCCGAGGAUAAGAAGGCUCCGUGGAUGAACUUUGAAUACGUUGCUACAUUGUGA